GCACCACCCUCUCUCUCCUGGCUGGCUGUGUGGGACCGUCCGCGGCAGUAACUUAAAACCAGGAGACGAGUGGUCCAGACGAGUCCGCAAACGAGGCGUUCCCAGCCACCCUGGUCAGACCGAGAGAUAUCCAUCGCCUCCGUCCGCCAUCUCUCUGCGCCGGGGACAACAAUCCGUCCGCCGCUCACCAUAGGCGCCUGUGACUCGUGUGUUGUUUUUAUGUUUUCCAGACUGGAAAACGACACUGGACGCACAGAACUAACUGGCUAGCUCUGUAGCUAGCAUCAGUUAGCUUAAUAGCAAUCAGCUUUAAACGUACUCGAAUUAAAUGUAGGGGCUUUUUGUAAUUUUACUGACUUUCGAGAAGAGAAUAUGGAUAUAUUUUAAAACUGCUUUUGGUUAGAAUAUGUAUUUUACCGUGUUGGUUAUUUUCGCGAUAUUUAGCAGCUUUGCUUAAGUUUUGUAGCACCAGCCAGACUGUCGCCUUGGGCAGCUAGCAUGUUAGCUGCUGGACACAGACGCCGUUUUCCGGACACUCACAGAUGGAAGAUCCGCCGUACAAGAUAGCUGCUCGGCUUAUCUGUCCGCUUCGCAACGGGCUCCAAAGCGGGACUACUUCACUUCCUUUUGGUUAUCAUUGUUAGUCCACGGACACCAGCAACAAGAAUAACAACAGCAAAUCUUUUUUUUUUCUGCAUUAUUUCUCAAUGUGUUGUGCUGUACUGUCUGGGAGAUCAGUUCAAGUUAUUGGGCUGACUUUUGAGGAAAUACGUGGAGAAAGUGAGUAGAAGCUGUUGUAGCAGAGGACCAAAAGAAGUACAGCACGCCUCGGAGGAGACCAAGUAACGAUAUCAAAGUACGCUGUGAGCCGAGCCGCAAUGAAAUCUAUGGCAAGAUCUGCGUUUUGCUUUGCGAUCUUCCUGACUUCUGUGGCUGCUGCGCAGGGUGAGGAGAGGGAGUGUGCCUUCACGGACCAGCUGCCGCAGUGGGAGGUCAAGCGAGUGGCGGAGGGCGAAGGCAGGGUCUCCCCAGAGAACACCACCAUCCGAUGUGCCAAGGGAAAGCACUGCUUUGGCCUGUGGGAGAAAACCCCGCCUGGUGAAUUACAGCUGGUCAAACAAGGUUGCUGGAGUCACCUUGCUGAUAACCAUGGCUGCCAUGACGACCGAUGUGUGGUGACCAGCCUGCCGCCUCCGAUCCAGAAUGGAACGUACCACUUCUGCUGCUGCGGCAGCGACAUGUGCAACGUAAAUUUCACGGAGGACUUCCCGGUGCCGAGCCCCACGCCUCCGCAGCCGCUCACCCAUGGAACGCUGCGUCACGAAGAGACAGUAACCAUCGCCCUGGCAACAGUCUCCUUGCUGGUUGUGGUCGCCGUAGCAGCCUUCUUUGGUUGCCGCAUGAUGCACAGAAAUGGCAAACAAGGGCUGCACAACCUCAACAUGAUGGAGGCUGCCGGCUCUGAGAGCUCACUGGACCUUGACAAUCUCAAACUGCUGGAGCUGAUUGGACGUGGCAGAUACGGCACAGUGUACUGCGGCUCUUUGGACGAGCGGCCCGUCGCCGUCAAAGUGUUUACAGCAGCCAAUCGGCAGAACUUUGUCAACGAGUGCUCCAUCUACCGCCUGCCGCUCCUGGAGCACGAUAACAUCGCCCGGUUCAUCGCUGCCGACGAGCGGACAGGCCCCGAGGGCCGGUCAGAAUACCUGCUGGUCAUGGACUACUACCCACAUGGCUCGUUGAGUCACUACUUGAGCCUCCAGACCAACGACUGGGUCAACAGCUGCCGGUUAGCUCAUUCUGUCACUCGAGGCCUGGCGUACCUGCACACCGAGCUCUUUAAAGGAGAUUUGUACAAGCCAGCCGUUUCCCACAGGGACCUGAACAGCAGGAAUGUCCUGGUCAAGGCCGACGGCACGUGUGUCAUCAUCGAUUUUGGCCUGUCCAUGAAGCUGACGGGGAACAGGCCGGCGCGCCACGGAGAGGAGGAGAACGCCGCUAUAAGCGAGGUGGGGACAAUCCGCUACAUGGCUCCAGAAGUGCUGGAAGGUGCUGUGAAUCUGAGGGACUGUGAAUCGGCGCUGAAGCAGGUGGAUAUGUACGCUCUGGGCCUGAUUUACUGGGAGAUCUUCAUGCGAUGUACCGACCUCUUCCCUGGAGAGUCGGUGCCAGAGUACCAGAUGGCCUUUCAGGCAGAGGCAGGAAACCACCCCACGUUUGAGGACAUGCAGGUCCUGGUAUCCAGGGAGAAGCAACGGCCCAAGUUCCCCGAGGCUUGGAAGGAGAACAGCUUGGCGGUUCGCUCUCUGAAAGAGACAAUGGAGGACUGCUGGGACCAGGAUGCAGAGGCCCGUCUCACAGCACAGUGCGCCGAGGAACGCCUCGCAGAGCUGCUCCUCAUAUGGGACCGCUCCAAGUCUGUCAGUCCAACCCUCAAUCCCAUGUCCACCACGCUGCACAAUGAAAGAAACCGCAUGACCCCCAAGUCGGGUCCUUACACAGACCACCCCUCCACCUACAUCGAAGAGCAAGAGGGUGUAGCUAAGAACCAACAGGUGGACACCACCGGUUCCUUAACAGGCAGGGUGGGAGUGGGAACUGGAGAGAGAAACAGGAAUUCCAUUAACCAGGAACGCCAGCAGCAAGCCAACGCCCGCUUGCCCAGCCCAGAAGGCAGCAGCACCAGCAUGGGGCUAAGAGGCAGUCCAUCCACCUCUACUACUACCACCACCAUCAUCUCUGAAUCUGAAGGGCCCACAGGGGCCAGCACAGUCCCCGUUUGCCUACACCUGACCCAGGAGGAUUUGGAAACGACAAAGCUGGAUCCUAAAGAGGUGGACAAGAACCUAAAGGAGAGCUCUGAUGAGAAUCUAAUGGAGCACUCGCAGAAACAGUUCUGCUCACCUGACCCACUGAGCCCUGGAAGUUCCAGCUUACUCUACCCCCUUAUCAAGAUGGCCAGUGAGGCCUCGGGAACAUCGGACCCGGCUGCAGCAAUGCCCACAGCUAUCUUUCCCCUGCCUAAGCAGCAGAAUCUGCCAAAGAGGCCGUCCAGUCUGCCCCUGAGAAACAAGCCAGCCAAGAAGGAGUCCUCAUCCUCCUCGCUCAGGUUUAAGUUCGGACGUUCGGGGAAGUCCAACCUGCGGCAGGUAGAGGGAACAAAGAUGAACAUUGGUGUGGUGACGGGCCCUAGCAUUGUGGAGGCACCGUCGGGAUCAGGCACUAACAACAUCCCUGUUAUAAGGGACACACACGUCAUUGGGGCCGUUAACGGUCACGCCGGCGUAGUGUCCGGCGGGGCGGGUGUUGUCCAGAACGGCUCUGUACCUCUGAGGACGGACGACAGCCGGCUCAGCCUGGGCCUGAUCACGGCCAGCCCCGAUGAACACGAGCCGCUCCUGAGCCGAGAGCGAGAGCAGCCUGACGCCAGAGCUGCGCCCUCGGGCGUGGCAGCCAUGCGCUCAGCCCGGCCCAACACUAACAACAACAACAGCAACACCGGGCUUGGCCAGGGGGACGGCAAUAGUGGUGGAGAGAGUGACGGAGGGGAGGAAGAGGGCAGCGCCGAGGGGACGAGCAGAGAGACCGUGGGGGAGAGCUCUGGGUCGGGUUCGGUUUUGGCAGACCCCCCGAGGGAAGCUACAGUCACCAUGAGGGGAGAGGCUCUGCUCAGGCAGCCUAGAGCUCGCAGACCAGAGAGACCCAACUCCUUGGACUUGUCCUUCACCACACAGGACCUUACCUCUUUAGGGGAGGGCUUGGUGAGACCCGACGGCACCUUGGGGACAGGUGAAAAAAUCAAGAAGCGCGUGAAGACGCCAUACUCUCUUAAAAAGUGGCGACCCACCACAUGGGUGAUCUCCACCGACACCCGGGGUCCGGAGGUCAACAACAAUGGGUCCACCCGAGGGCAGGGCCACACCCAGAACUGGCCCAAAUCCACUUCAGCCAUCUACCUGCAAGGCGGAGGCUUGGCCAGCGAGCCCAGUGACACACAAGUGUGAAUUCAGAGGUUCUACCUGGACUGAGAUAAACACAAAGGAUUAAAAAAAAAUUUUUUUUAAACGAAACGCGCUGCUCUGCUCUGAAUCAGCAGAAAAGAUGCUGCGGAGUGUGUCGCGAUCAGUCGAACCUGAUCUUGUACAUUACUUAGGUCUGUCUCGCUCCCUCAUGUCUUUCCGACGGCAUCGCUUUAAAUGGAAUCCAGCUAUGCAGCAUUCUCGUUCAUCGUUCUUCUCCAUCUCCAUCUCCUUUCGUUGUUUUCUUUGGGUUUUCUCCCUCCCCCCUCUGCCCCAUCAUAAGCAUAGCAAUUAAUCAGAUGGGUUUAUUUUUACUCCCCACGUGCACUUUCAACCAACUAAAAAUCAGUGUUCCUAACCCGCGUCUGUCGCGACCGCCGGAUAAAGUGGUCUCUAAACUUAAAUAGGCGAUGACAAACAAUCAACACUCUUACUUUGCUGUACGAAGCACGUUUAAUGUAAGCUCUGUAAAAAGAUGAAAAGAUUUGAUGUCUUAAAGACGGAACAAGCUACUUUUUUAUUGUUAUUAUUAUUAUUUCUGUAUGCAAUACCAUUUGUCUUUUAACCAUGUAUCUGUUUUUGUACUAUUCUUUUUAACUGUGCAAUAGGAUGUAGUUUUUAGAUGCUUUUGACGUUUUUAUGGCUUCCUUUUUUUUUAUCAUUAAUAUUUUGAUACAUUAAUCUUCGUUGCACUUAUGAAUUGUCACAAUCGUUAUGUUUUGCUUUACUUUAACAAUCCACGAGUGAUCUCCGUCCCCAUGAGCUCAAGAGGAGAAAAUGGAUGACAAUCCUCUCUUUUUUUUUUUUUUUCUUUCGCCUCUGAGCCGUCUUUAAAGGAGGGGGACACAGACAAAAACAAUCAACCCGAGCCGACUGGAGGACGUGGGUUCUGUCACACUGCUGUUCUUAACACUACAAUCACCUGAAUCAACCCUGCGGAGCGACCUGUUACAUCACCUGACCUCACUGUGGACUGACUGAAACACUACAAAGCCCAGAUUCUGCUGUUUUGCGUUUGAAACCAGAUACUUAAAAAAAAAAAUAGAAAAGAAAGACAUAGAAGCACGCUGGAUAUUAUUUCUGCUUCUAGUUCUCAUCCCUUGGUUGAAUGACUGAUUCACUGUGCGGGUGGGUGUGUGUGUGUGUGUGUGUGUGCACGUGCUAUAGAUCUUUGUCAGCAAGCAUCAUAUGUAGAGCCGUCACGGCCUGUACAGGCGUGCUUAAACGUCGUCAUACUUAUUCUAUAUUGUCAGCGCUGCUUCAGGGCAUAUGACAAGAUCUCAUUUAUGUUUUUGUAAUCUGUAAUUUGUAUAAAAAAAUAAUAAUAAUGAAGUUACGUGUAUUGCAUUAAUAUUUGCUUUAUUUUUUAUGGAAUUCUGUUGUGCAUUCAAUGGACACACAACCUCUGAUCCCAUUGCUAUGCGUCUGCUCGGUACAGUUUCUGUAAACACUUUCAAGUCAUUAUGGAAGAAAAUCUCAAUAAAUGUAUGAAAUAACGCA